AUGAGCCGCUACCCAGUACGAACCCUCAUCCUGCUCAUACCCUUUGUCUCCUGGGCCUCAGCGCAAGGGUACGGCGUCGACGUCGGCUUCGCAGACACCUGCUGCGCCAACGACCGCUACUGCUACGUCGACCACGCCGCCGUCACCGCCCGCUGCUGCCCCUCGAGCAAAACUGCGACAAAACCUGCGGGCCCUCCCAGUACUACUGCCCGCAAACCACCUCCACCUCUGCACCAGCCUCUCCGGCUCCCCGUCUGCGCCCCGGGCCCUUCCAUCACCGUCAUCGGUAACGACGACGACGACAACAACGGCGCCGACGCCUCCCUCUCCGACGGCGCAAAGGCCGGCAUCGGCGCCGGCGUGGCCGUGGGCGUCUCGGCCGUCACCGCGAGCCUCACGUGGUUGUGGCUGUCGCGCCGACGUCGUGCCGCGCCGCUGCCGCCGCCCAGUCUAGCGGCGAGGAAGAGCGUGCCGGCCCAACCCCAGGCGCCUGACGAUAUCGCCGUACCCGUGGAGAUCGAUUCCAAAGCCGUCGGGCCCGCCAUCUCGCCCCACGACGACCCCGCCGCUCCGACUCCGUUAACACCCCCGCCUUUUGUCUCCCUCACGCCGGAGACGCCCGAACACCGCGCGGAACUGUAUGGCUCCGAGGUCCCGGCUCAGGCCUCCCGAGCGAUGAGACGCCGCCCAUUGUUUCACCGCAAUCCGAGGUGUCUUCGCCUCUGA